AUGGACGACACUGCAGCCCCAAAGCCGGGAAAUAAAAGCGCAGCCGCCGCCACCGCCGAUGCGCCGUCCACGGCCAGCGCAAACGCCUUGACAGGUGACGACGACGACCCGGAUGCGCCACGCAGCAACCACAGCAGCCCGCGGCACAAGACCACCUCCCCGACCGACAUGGACCUGUGGACACAGCUGGAGCUGGAAAAGUCGAAAUACCCCGGCGCGAGUACCUGGGCCCCCGACGAGGAGCGGCUGUUUGAGCUGCUCUUCUUCCGGCAGGCCCUGCCGAUCCUGCCCUCGCACUGGGAGCUCGACCUGAGCGCCGUGCCCAUUGCUGAGGUCAACUUUGCCGGCAUCGACGAUCCCGAGAAGCGACCCAUCGUGUACGCUCACUCCAAGGACUUUCUAGCCACUACAGCCCUUGUGCGCCUCAUUGAGCUCACCGCCGCCGUCCGUACCACCAGCGAGUCGGGCCUGCACCACCGCGUGCCGGGCAUGAUCAAGGACGGCCUGGACCGGUUCCUCGCGUGGGCGGCCGAGGACGGCGGCUACCACCACCGGCGCGUGGUGCCCAACAUCAUCACCGAGGUCGUCGACACCCGGAUGCCGGAGCACGCUAUCACCGAGCUCCUGCAGGGUCGCAUGCGUGCCCUGGCGCGCCUGCAGCGCGAGUUUCUCCGCGAGGACCGCGACUCCGACUUUUGGCGCAGCGGCGGCAUCACCACCACCACCACUACCGCCGCCGCCGACGCUGCCAACGCGGCGACCGCCGUCGGCGCAGACAGGAAACACUUGCUGCUGCAGAGAUACCUGUCGCCGAGACGAAAUAGGCAUCCCAGCAGGUACCAUCCGGGAAGCGCCGCCGCGAACCAGCGCCGCCGCGGCGCCCACCCCGUGGCGGAGGACGAGCUCGCGCGAGCACCGCACCCGCAGCAGAUGGCCGGUCACGACACCGCAGCGCCUAAGCGACGCCGCAUGCUGGCCAGCACCAGCCCGACCGACCUUGACGAGCUCGCCCAACCCGGCGACCCCGCCACGAUGAUGUCGCCCUCCCCGCCGAGCGAGCGGCUUCUCUUCUCCUCGCCGUCGCCGGCGGGGCCCUACGGCCGCAGCCCGGCCGCAGUCAAGUACCGGCGGCAGCCGCCCGUGGUGUACGGCUUUUUUAUCCUCAACAGCUCCGUCUUCAUCCUCACGGUGGACGCGUCGCUAGGUGAUCACGCGUACGUCAGCUUCCACGUCGAGGCCGACUUCAUGGAGCACCGCCAGAGCGUCUGGAACGCACUGACGCUGGCCAUGGUGGCGUGCCUCGCGCGCGACGAGAUGCGUGAGCGCGCCGACGACUUUGAGGAGCAGCCGGAAGAGGAGGACAGCGAUCCCGAUCUGUAA